UCGAACUUACUCCUGACUCACUUCUAUCACUAGCUCUUAGAAAACGUUGCCCUCAUUUGCAACUCUCCUAAACGAUUCUUCUCGAAAAAUGGCUGGCAAAGAUCGCUGCCACCCACCUGGCGUGCUUGAGAUCCCCAAAUUCAGAUGGAACCCUGUUUUAAUUUUUAUUUUAUCCCACCACAUGUUUCUAAUUUGAUAGUUAGAAACUUACGAAAUUAAAUUUGUCUACUUGAUUAGCUAAUGUCUUCAAAUUCUUAAUUACUCUUGUUCACUCAUCUUAAAAAUUAUACCCUGGAUUAUUACUGCGAGUUUAUCCAGGUCAAAGUGUUCUUCCUGCAAAUUUAUACAGCCACGUUUCGAACUCCAAUUAAUUGUCAUAUCUUAUCCACCAUAUUCACUCAAAACUAAAAAAAGAUGAAGUAACCAUGUACUAGCAGCCAUGGCUUCCUUCAAUGUAUUAUUCUUCGUCCUUAUUAGCAUCCUCAACUUUUCAUCAAUUACUACAAAAGCAGAGGACACUCAUUUUCUCUACCAGGUUUGCUCAAAAUACAGAUUCACUCCGAUCAACACCACCUACCAAAACAACCUCAGGACCCUCCUCUCUUCCUUAUCCUCCAAGGCCACCCACAACACCGAAUUCUACAACAACACCGUCACCGGAAAAACCCCCGCCGACACAGUCUAUGGACUAUACAUGUGCAGAGGAGACAUACCCUCUGAGCUAUGCGGCGAGUGCGUGGGAAACGCAAGUCAAAGACUUUCAACAAACACAGAGUGUUCACUCUCCAUAGCGGCAGUUAUGUGGUACGACGAGUGCAUGGUAAGGUACUCAAACACGUCGUUCUUCUCGCGCGUGACGGUGGCGCCUGGCUACCCUGGCUACGCGUUGUCCAGCCCCACCAACAUGACAGACCAACAAAGCUUCAACCGUUUAUUGUAUCGAACCUUGAAUCAAACUGCGGACGAAGCGGCCAACGCGCCCAUCGGUGCAAAGAAGUUCGCUACAAAGGAAGCUGCGAUAUCCAUAUUCCAGAAUCUUUAUUGUCUUGCUCAGUGCACGCCGGAUCUGUCGCCGGAAGAUUGUAGAAGCUGUUUGGAUGGUUUGAUCAAUUCGAACCUUCCUGAGUGCUGUGCAGGAAAGCAAGGAGGGAGGAUUCUGUACCCUAAUUGCAAUAUUCGGUUUGAGAUUUACCCUUUCUAUCGAUCACUUCAACCUGCACCGUCCCCAGCACCAUCAUCAAAUUCCAGAGACAAAAGAAGUCGAUCACGAACAAUUAUCCUAAUCGUUGUACCCAUUGCUAUUGUGGCACUGCUUUUCACUUUGUGCUGCUAUUUGCUAAGAAGAAGACAAAAAAAGAAUUCCAAGACUAUUCUUAGAGAAAACUUUGGUGGUGAAGGUGCCAUUUUAGAAGGGUUGCAAUUCGAUUUCUCUAUAAUUGAAGCAUCCACGAACAACUUUUCUCACCAGAACAUGAUUGGCAAAGGAGGAUUUGGAGAAGUUUACAAGGGUACUCUUCCUGAUGGCCGACAUGUAGCUAUAAAAAGACUCUCUACAAGUUCUAAACAAGGUGUGGUUGAGUUCAAGAAUGAAAUUUUGCUGAUAGCGAAGCUUCAACACAGGAAUCUAGUAUCUUUUAUGGGCUUUUGUAUAGAAGAACAAGAGAAAAUACUACUUUACGAAUACGUGCCAAAUGGAAGUCUUGAUUGCUUUUUAUUUGAUGGUGGUCAACAACAAAAGUUAAGCUGGGAUCAACGUUAUAAAAUUAUCGGAGGAACUGCUCUUGGAAUUCUUUAUUUACAUGAAUAUUCACGACUUAAAGUUAUACAUCGUGAUUUAAAACCGAGUAAUAUUUUACUGGAUAAAAAUAUGAAUGCAAAAAUUUCAGAUUUUGGUAUGGCUAGAAUAGUCGACAUUGAUCAAGACAGAGGAGAAACAAAUAGAAUUGUUGGUACAUAUGGUUAUAUGUCUCCAGAAUAUGCAAUGCUUGGACAAUUUUCAGAAAAAUCAGACGUUUUUAGUUUUGGAGUAAUAAUUCUAGAAAUUGUUACCGGACAAAAGAAUGCAAAUUCUUAUACUUCAAAUCGUGUUGCAGAAAGUCUUUUAAAUUAUGUUUGGAAACAAUGGAGGAAUGGAACACCAUUAAGCAUAUUGGAUCCAAAAAUAAAGGAAGAUUAUAACCAGGUGGAAGUUAUAAAAUGCAUUCAAAUUGGUUUAUUAUGCGUUCAAGAAAACCCAAAUUCUAGACCUACAAUGGGGACAAUAGUUUCAUAUCUUAAUAAUCAUUCUCUUGAUUUGCCAUCUCCACAAGAACCAGCAUUUUUCUUGCAUGGUGGUUUCAUGGAUCCAAAAACAGUUGCACAAGAAUCAAGUUCUAGUCAUCAAUCUGGCAAAAGUUCAACAACCUUCUCUAUAAAUGAAAUGUCAAUAAGUAAAUUUCAUCCUCGAUAA